CUCGCCGUUGUUCGUUCAGUGUUGACUAGGUCGGCGUGCCGGUCGUAUAUACUAGACAAAACCGCUGUCUUACUUCCACGGUGUUUCUUAGUGUUGCUUCUGUUCUCACAACGUGCAAGAUGGUUUCGAAAAUAAUAGUCCACUGCGGAGUAAUUUGAUUUGACUACAGGCGAAGGCCAUGAUUUGCAAUAAUAACUGCCGCCGUGAUAUGGCUAUUCUCGAUAAACAAAGUAACAAGAAAUAAGUGGAAAAGCGCAAGUUUGUGUCAAGACGCCCCACGUAUAAUGGUGUUGCGGCCUGUUAGUGAUUAUGGCGAUUGCCGUCUCGACGGUGAUUACGCCGACUGUGUCCUGCAAAAUGGCGGAGGUCACCAUUUCUACGAAAGCAUCAAGAACGGACUGGAAGGCUUUCGGUUGCAAACGGCUGACAACGACUUGACGACGUCCGGUGCGACUGUCGACUUGCUCAACGACGACAACGACACGAGCAGCUCGAUAGCGUCGAAAAAACGCAUCGACAGCAUGUUCAACAAAUCGGCGGACGGCGGCGGCCGACGAACCAAGUCUGUAGUCGACGGCGGAUUCGAUUACGGUUAUGGCGACGGUGAUACGGCCGGUAAGAACACUGUCCAAGAGAAGAUCGAAAAAAUGUUUGCCGAAGUGAGUUCAUCCGAACUGGAUACUGACGUUUCUAUGGACUCUGUGGCGGCGGUUGCGGGCGGCAACACGUACCACGUCCAGUACAUCGGAUGCGCAGGCUUGUCGGCCAAGAUAUCAUCGUUGGAAGGCCUCCAAGAUCCGGUUCGGGACAUGUACUUUGCAUACCGGAAAAACUACGGACACGGGCAAAACGAUUUUUCAGGUGUACUGGAAAUAUCGACCGCCGGACUGACAAUACGAUACAAGAACGCGAACGGUGAUGGAGUGAACCGAACCAAUGAGUUUCCUUCUAUCGCCGUUUGGGCCGCGCUGAAGUUCGUGUGUCGUCGGCGUCAGAACGGUUACGAGUACGCGUUCCUACCGCUGAUAUCGGACCCGGAAGGUUCGGACAAGGCGCCGCUGUUCCGGGACGUGGACCCGGACGACAGGGCUCGAGUAGACGCACCGGGCGAGCACGCGCCUAUAUUCGCCGUGGUCAUGCGCAAAUCGGGCAAGCGGCUCGAGUGUCACGGAUUUGUGUGCGAGUCCGAGAACGACGCAUUGCUCAUGGCGGCCAAUUUGUACGGCGCGUUGGUAGCGGCCAUGUCCGUUGCCACCGAGUCCGUGCCGGCGCCUAGACGCAUCAAACAGCGCAACGGGUUCACCAGCAUGAGCAGCACGGCUGGAUCGAGCGUCAAUGGUGGUGGCUGCAACACAACGAGUCCCGCCCUUCCGCCGCCCAGGCCGCCCCGCAGGAAUAAGAAAUCCACAGCUUCGUCGUCUGACGGCGCACCGGCACCACUCUCCGAGGUCUGUAGCGAAACCAGAACGUUUCGGAUGAGCGUUCAACAGCCUCCGUCGUUGAAACGAGGCGUGUGCAACAGUUACACGGACGGGUCGGCGCAGAAGUCACCGGUGAUACGGCGCGUCUCUUCGGAACAACCGGAUAACGGCGGCGGCGGCGGUGGUGGUGGUGACAUCCUGACCAAAGUGGCCAUACCGAGGAGUAGGAGUUUUUUAAAAACAAACGCGCUGGGCUCCAAGUACUCGAGGCGGACGGCCGGUUGCGGUGGUAUUGAGCUGGCUACGGAGAGGCGGCGCCGGAGCAACGGUAGCAUCAUGGGCUUUUCGGACAUGUUCAACGAGCUGCGCGUCCAAGAAGGCCUAAACAACAUGGACGACAUACUGAACGCCAUUAUUAACGUGGAAGGCAUGUCAUUCAACGAUUUGAAACCCAUUUACAGGGAAUUCCUUAUGAAACUAGCGUUGACGCUCACCAAAGACGAACUGUACCAGCGGACCAAGGUGAUCAUGUUGGAGCAAAAACGGAGACGUUCCAAAACCGGACGGCAGUUGAACAAACGGUUACGGAACGCGUUCAACUACAAUCGAGCCAAAUCUAAAAUUAGUGCCGCGCUUUUGCCGAAUUUCUGUAAACGUUUCGGAAACGGUCACCAGAAGCGUAAGUGUUCGUGUUCAUUAGCCUCAGCCGCCAAAAUAGCUACGACUACCACCACUACUUCCUUAUCCGCCACCGUCUCUUCGGGAAUAGCACGGAAAUCCGAGCACCGGAAGAACAAGAGGGUUUUAAAGCGAACGUCGGCGAUGAAAUGUCAACGGUUAUCGUCGACCAACAGCACCUCGGACGACAGCGAUUUUGUGGCUGUGGCCGUUCAACGACCGAAAACUCGAAAAGGAGGCCGCGUCCCGUCCGACGGAUGUUUGCACCAGGCGUCCAGCGGCUACUUCAGCUGUUCAGAGUGUAGCCUCACUACCACCACGUGUCGUUGCAACUCGCUAGGCAAGUGCUACUGCAGCGGACAACCGCCGUCGUGGAUAUCGUGCAGUUGUGACUCAGACAGUUGCGCGGACAGCGAUAAGUGUUAUUGCGGCCGCCGGCCGAACAUAUUCGAAGAACUCAAGAGUCGCGGAUUCGCCGCAUCCGAGUCUAGUCUGUCGGUUCGAGCCGACUCUCCGGGUACCGCGUGGAAGAAGAACGAACAGUUGCUCGUGCAACAGGGCCCGGCCAAAUGUGGUAUCGAGGCGUCUAAGAGCUUGGAGUAUCUUCAGGUGAAAACCGACGACCCGUUGCAGCAGUACUCGAAAGUACUCAAAGGGGCCGACCGGAUGAAAGUGUACAACAUUCAUCCCGCACUGGACUCGCGAUCUAGUGGUUCUUCCGUGGCCGCCUAUUCCAGUAGCCGUUCCGGAUCUAGCGUACUAGGACGGCGCACGGCUGGAUCCAGCAGUUCGGACAACCUGCAAACCAUUGACUACGCGCUAUUCGCCGGGGCCAGGAAACCUCAAUCCGCCUUAUCGGCCACGAGCGUUCGGGCGGCGUGGGCCCAGGGCGGUUACGUAAAACACAAACGCGGGCCACCCGCCUUCCCGGCCAGAACGUCUUGGCCGGCGGCCGCUAUGAUGGCCCGUCCCUCCGAAUACUAUCCCGGCGCUGGCCUUGCACCAAUAAAACCAAUGAACAGGUCUCUAAGUUCCGAAAUGAUGCACACUAACUGUCAAGUGUAUUUAAGCAAACGACGUCAUUCGAUUCACGACAAUGAUCUAUCGGCGACUUUCCGCACAGACUUGGAAAAUUCGUUGGGUUAUUAUCCCUAAACCAAAUUAUUAUUCCAUUCAUGUGUAUACAAAUUUGUACGGUCGAUGUUAAUAACAAAUAUGACACAGUAUUAUUGGUGAAUAAUCAGCGUAUACUUAUUUGCGGUAUGCAUGUUUUUUUUUUUAAUAUACCAGCAAAACCGUAUGAGCAAUUAAUUUACAUGUUAGUUACAGUGAAUUAAAACCACUAUUCACUAUUGAAUAUAAUAAUAUAUACCUUCAUGCGUAAACAAAAUAUGUAUUAUCUAUAAUCUGUUUACACUAGUAGGUACGAUUAGAUACUUAUUAUAACCCGUCCGGUUCAUCUUGAGCUCGUUCGCCUAUUAUUUUUACACGGAUGCGUACCUAAUGUGCGAAAGAGCUUAAGACCGGUUUAGCAUAUUAGAGGUACUCCUAUAUGGGCUAUUUUUAUUUACAUAUUUAAUUAAUGUGGAAACCUAAAAAUUACAAUAAUAACACUACAAUACGGUUGUAAGCAGUACAACUGUUGUUGAGUUUAUUUUAUCUUUUUAUUAUGAUUAGAAUCAGUCGGCAGACGUUUCAAUUUAGUUAAAUAUGCUAAUCAAAUUUUUUUACACCGCACUUCUAUCGAAUCUUUAGUCGUCAAAAAAUAGAAAUCUACUAUCGACGAAUGGAUAAAUUAAUCUCUGUUUUUUUUAUAUUGUACUUGUAUGUAAAUUUAUUUGGAAAUCGUUUCAUCUAAACAAUGUGCUCGCUUAUCCACCUAAUAAGUAAAACGACCGCCUUUAAUUUAACAAUUAUAUUAUCAUUUUAUAUAUCAAACACGGGUAAUACGUUUUCCUCUAUAACUGUAGAGGUUUACAAAAAAAUAGUUUUAUUUCGUUGUUUGUGUUACAGAAUACCAUUUACACUGUACACAGUAAUUACUGCCCAAGACAUAAAUUUUAAUUUUAACGCUUACAACCUACAGCCUCAUAUACAUUUAAAAUACACCAUUUAAUUAGUAGUACACUAAAUUUGUAUAACUAUAAAAAUGUAUAUAUUGAUACAGAUUUUUAAUGUUAGUAUCUCGAAUAAAACAAAUACCUAUU